AUGUCGAUGAUGAAUAAUGUUAUCAAUUCGAUGUUCACUAGAGCAUCAAAUAACCCACAUAGCGCUAACAUCCUGAAGCGUGCACAAAGAGCAUUAUACGGUGGAAGAACCAUUCAAUAUGGUAAUUCUAUAAGUUUUUCACAUAAAAAGACUCGUAGAACAUGGAAACCAAAUGUACAAUCAAAGACAUACCAUAGCGAUAUUUUAAAUCAAGACAUCAAAGUUGAUGUUACUACCUACACAAUGAGAUGUAUCGAUAAAGCCGGUAACUUUGACAACUACAUAAUCAACACAAAAGAUAAAGAUUUAGAUUCAAAGCUUGGUUCAGAUUUGAAAGUACUGUUGAAAUCAACUUUGAGAGAAAAAGCAGAGUUAAUUUUGAAAGAAGAAGAAGAUUUACUACAAUCAACAUCAACAGCAACUCAAUAA